AAUCAGUUGUCAGGAAACAGUGCGAGCGUUCGGUCCGAAAUUGGUCUCUCGGUCGUUCCAAGCUUAUUUCGUUCGGUUGUUCAGUUUUAAACUAAAUAAAUUCAAUCCAAAUUUCUCCGGCGGUUCGCUCGCCUAUUAAACCAAACCCCACCUAUGGGAAUCUGUUGACGCCGGCAGACAAGUGAAACUACGGUAUUGUGAAACGUGUGGUCGCUCGGUUGCACAAAAUAUUACCGAAUCCAGUGGCUCUCAGGUUGUGUUCCGUAAUUAAGAGCCGUCGUGUGUUUUGUGCCCGACACUCCGAUCCCGCAAGUGAAAGUAGCACGUGGAAGUUAUUCGGAAAAGUAACAUUGAAACAAGUUUCAAGAGGCAUACGGCAUACCAUAGUUUUGUGUGUUUCUGGUGUUUCUCCAUCCUUCCGAAGUGUGAGUUACCUGAACGCAUAGCCAACGGCGUAACACCAAUUUUUCCACCAGUCAUUAUUUGCAUUGAAGAGCAGCGCGCGGCCGAUAUUUGCCUGUUAUUCAAUCGGCCUUCGUAGAUCAUCUUGUUUUCGUUCAGUUAUUCAACGUUAGCUUAGCUUUGUAAAACAUUGACCGCUUUUUUUACAGACGAACUGUGAGCAGCAGCCAGCCAGCAAGCAGACCCCGCAGAAGACGCGCAACAUCACCCCGAACCUAAUCGGUUAUUAGCAGACAGCAGAGUGCAUAACCGAGCGUAGAAGUAGACCAGAAUGUCUGCCAAGGCGGUACGCGAAGCAACCGGAAAGGAUAUCAUCAAUCGGCACCUGACGGGAGAUCACGGCGCAGCUAAGUGCCGCUUUGCCGCCGUUGAUGAAAGCACACAAUGGGCACAGCUGGUUGCCGACAAUCCGUGGCUGGAAAGUAGCCCACUUGUCGUUAAGCCGGAUCAGCUGAUCAAACGACGCGGUAAACUAGGGCUGAUCGCCGUCAACAAGAACUUUACCCAGGUUAAACAAUGGGUCAACGAACGCAUGGGCAAAGAUCAAAAAGUAGGCAACGCUACCGGCAAGUUACGAAACUUUAUCAUCGAACCAUUUGUGCCCCACAAGGAUAACGAAGAAGCGUACGUGUGCAUCUACUCGCACAGGACUGCCGAUACGAUUCUUUUCUACCAUCAAGGUGGUGUGGAUAUCGGUGAUGUAGACUCCAAAGCAUUGAAACUCGACAUACCUGUAGGACAAGAUGCUUCUUUAGCAGAUAUUGAAAAGAAGCUGUUGACUGAAGUGGCUACUGCUAAGAAAAAGAGAAUCGCUAGCUUCGUCUUUAAUCUGUACAAACUUUAUGUAGAUCUGUACUUUACCUAUUUGGAAAUCAAUCCGUUGGUGGUCACUGAUUCGGCCAUCUACAUCCUCGAUCUUGCAGCAAAGGUUGAUGCCACGGCUGACUUUAUUUGCCGUCCAAAGUGGGGUGAAAUCGAUUACCCACCACCGUUCGGGCGUGAUGCAUACCCCGAAGAGGCUUACAUCGCCGAUCUAGAUGCAAAGAGCGGUGCGUCGCUGAAAUUGACCAUUCUGAACCGAAACGGCCGCAUAUGGACUAUGGUCGCCGGUGGCGGCGCUAGUGUUAUUUAUUCUGAUACCAUCUGUGAUCUUGGCGGCGCUAGUGAACUCGCCAAUUACGGCGAGUACAGCGGUGCUCCAUCCGAGCAGCAGACUUACGAGUAUGCUAAAACCAUUUUAAGUUUAAUGACAAGCAGUCCGAAGCACCCUCAGGGCAAGAUUUUGAUCACUGGCGGAGGUAUUGCCAACUUCACCAAUGUAGCUGCUACGUUCAGCGGUAUCAUCACUGCGUUGCGAGAAUUCCAGCAAAGACUGAUCGAGCACAAUGUGUCCAUUUUUGUUCGUCGUGCCGGUCCCAAUUAUCAAGAAGGUCUACGGAAGAUGCGCGAAAUCGGCAGCUCUUUGGGUAUUCCGCUGUACGUAUUUGGUCCAGAAACUCACAUGACUGCUAUCUGUGGAAUGGCACUCGGUAAGAAGGCCAUCCCAAAAAGCAGCAACGUACACUUUGCAACUGCCAAUUUCCUGCUUCCGGGUGGACAACAAGCAGCGGAUGCUGCCAAGAAAAGUUCGGGUGCGGGUUCCAAUGAUGUAGUAAAUGGCGGAACCUCGGUCAAAUAUGCUCAAGCAAAGAUUGGUUCUGGCGAAUAUCAGCGCAUGUUCACCAAUCGGACCAAGGCGCUAGUCUGGGGCAUGCAGACACGUGCAGUACAAUCGAUGCUGGACUUUGACUUCAUCUGUCGCCGAGAAGAGCCGUCCGUUGUGGCCAUGGUGUAUCCAUUCACUGGCUACCACAAGCAGAAGUUCUACUGGGGUCACAAGGAGGUGUUGAUACCGGUUUACUCCAAGAUGUCCGAAGCAAUCAACAAGCACAAGGAGGCCGACGUACUGGUGAACUUCGCUUCGCUUCGAUCGGCUUACGAUAGUUCGCUGGAGGUGCUGGAUUACCCACAGAUUCGCACCAUUGCCAUUAUUGCCGAGGGUAUUCCGGAGAAUCUGACCCGUAAACUGAACAUGGCUGCCCGUGCGAAAAAUGUUUCAAUCAUUGGACCGGCUACAGUCGGUGGUGUCAAGCCCGGAUGCUUCAAAAUCGGUAACACCGGUGGUAUGUUGGAUAAUAUACUGCACUCGAAACUAUAUCGCCCUGGCAGUGUUGCCUACGUUUCACGUUCCGGUGGCAUGUCGAACGAGUUAAACAACAUUAUUUCGUUGACAACGGAUGGAGUUUACGAAGGAGUCGCCAUUGGCGGAGAUCGUUACCCGGGAACCACCUUCAUGGAUCAUAUCAUGCGAUACCAGGCCGAUCCGGAUGUAAAAAUGAUUGCUCUUCUAGGUGAAGUAGGAGGCGUUGAAGAAUAUGAUGUCUGUGCUGCGCUGCAGGAGGGAAAGAUUACAAAACCUCUUAUCGCAUGGUGUAUCGGCACCUGCGCUGGAAUGUUUACUUCCGAAGUACAGUUUGGUCAUGCGGGAUCUUGCGCAAACUCAGAUCGUGAAACUGCUUCUGCUAAAAACAAAGCUCUUGCUGCAGCAGGUGCGCAUGUGCCUGAUUCGUUUGACACAUUGGGUGAUGUUGUUGGAUCUGUGUAUGCCAAUUUGGUUAAGAGCGGAGUUAUUGUGCCGGCUGUUGAAGUUCCUCCGCCGACAGUUCCAAUGGAUUACUCAUGGGCCCGUGAGUUGGGACUGAUUCGCAAACCUGCUUCCUUUAUGACCUCAAUCUGUGACGAGCGUGGUCAAGAGCUGCUGUAUGCUGGAAUGCCCAUCAGUGACGUGCUGCAAAAGAACGUUGGCAUUGGCGGGGUCGUUUCCCUGUUGUGGUUCCAGCGAUGCUUGCCUCCCUAUGUGUGCAAAUUCUUCGAGAUGUGUCUGAUGGUUACGGCCGAUCACGGUCCUGCGGUUUCCGGUGCGCAUAACACGAUUGUGUGCGCUCGUGCUGGCAAAGAUUUGGUAUCGUCGGUGGUUAGCGGCUUGCUGACUAUCGGUGAUCGAUUUGGUGGAGCGUUGGACGGCGCUGCUAAGCAAUUUUCGGAAGCCUAUGAUUCUAACCUACAUCCGAUGGAAUUUGUCAAUUCUAUGCGCAAAAAGGGUCAACUGAUCAUGGGCAUUGGGCAUCGCGUAAAAUCGAUCAACAAUCCAGACAUCCGAGUAAAAAUCAUUAAAGAGUUUGUGUUGGAAAACUUCCCGGCUAAACCGCUGCUUGAAUACGCCCUAGAGGUGGAAAAAAUCACCACCAGCAAGAAGCCCAACCUAAUUCUGAACGUUGAUGGCGUAAUUGCUACCUCGUUUGUUGAUAUGCUGCGAAACUGUGGUUCCUUCACUAGUGAGGAAGCGCAGGAGUACAUAAAUAUCGGAGCGAUCAACUCGCUGUUUGUGCUGGGACGCAGCAUUGGCUUCAUCGGUCAUUACAUGGACCAGAAACGUUUGAAACAGGGUCUGUACCGUCAUCCUUGGGAUGAUAUCUCUUACGUAUUGCCCGAGCAGUACAACUAAACAAGGAAGAAGGUAAAUUUAACACCAAAUAGGAAGGUGUUGAAAACUAAACCUGAUAUAGCACAACAAUACAAGAGAUAUCUGUAUUUCCUUUUUGUUACGUUCAAAUAUUUUGCUGUUAUUGAAUGACACAUUUCAAAAAUGGGUGUCAAUUUUACCGCAAUUGGACAAAAAAACUCACUUUUUCGGACUUAUUUGUGAAGCAGAAUCUCGUUCAUACGAUAGAUUUAAAAGCGAUGAACAUUUGCUGCGCGGACAUCUGAUUCAUUCCAUUCGAUUAUUUGAUUUGUGAACCCCAACAACAGUACUCUGCUUCUUUACCGGUAUUCAUCCAACAAUAGGCCUUAAAUCGCAAACGCAUUUAUUCUCAUUAAAAAGUAAUAACAAUCAGAAGCUACACUGGAACGAAAUCAUCCAUCACAGCUCUUUUUUAUAGUUCAUCGAAAUUAUGGCGACAAUGUAAGCACAUGAAAUCGCCAUACAAAAUAAGCCAGUGUGUAAGAGAGACGACAUUAUUUGGAAAAAAAUGGAUAAUGUAAAAACCUAAACUAUUUAAAUUCAGAUCAAACUUAAGUUAUUCCCUAUCUGUAAGAUCAUAAUUAAGCUUCAAAAUUGCUUGUGACCUAAGGAAAAUAGGAAAAGCAACACUUGUUAGAAAUUCUAAUGGUAAAGAUUAGACAACUGUUUCAGAGAUGGGAUCAUGCAUACACUGUUAGGCAAGCAAGGCCGAGAACAGCGGUAACAACUGUAUUUUCUCGCUCUUUAAUUGUGUUUUCUUUUUUAAAUAAUUUCCGUUCGAUUUAUAGUUAUUUGUUCAUGUGUCUGCUUAGAAAAAUUUUCCACCUUUAUUUUCAUUAGACGAAUUAGGUUUACUAAAGAUCGCUACAUUCAACUUAACAGAUUAUGUCACCUAUUUGUUUUGUAAGUGGAUCAUUAGUUUUACAGUUUUAUUGUAAUAAACCGAUGAACAAUUUAA